AUGCCUUCAGGUGUGGUGAGAGCUUCCAGCAUCUUCCCCAUCCUCAGUGCCAUUUUGCUGCUGCUGGGCGGAGUCUGCGUCGCUUCCAGCAGCUUCAAUAAGAGUAAAAGAAACAUCAUCCUUGGUGGAGGGAUUCUCUUCGUAGCCGCAGGCCUCAGCAACAUCAUCGGGGUGAUUGUCUACAUCUCAGCAGCCCUCAGUGACAUCUCCCCAAAGAAAGACGAGGAUAAAAAAUGGCACUACUCUUACGGCUGGUCGUUCUACUUUGGCGGUCUGUCCUUUAUCCUGGCUGAGAUGGUUGGAGUCCUUGCCGUUAACAUCUACAUCGAAAAGAACAAAGAGCUUCGCUGCCGCUCUCGCACUGACCUCUUCAAGAGCACCACGCACGCCAUGCUGCGUCUGCCCAGCUACCGUUUCAGGCGGCGCUCCCGCUCCAGCUCCCGUUCCACCGACCCGCCUCGUUCGCAGGAGGCCUCUCCUGUUGGGACUUCCAAGACCUUUGCCCUGCCUCCGUCUGCCCCACCGUUCUCCGUGGCCACGCUGCCCAACCCACACCACAGCAGCAGUGGCGGGAGCGGAGGGGGUGGUGACAUCUCCAUGUACACCCUGUCAAGGGACUCCAAACUGGGGAGCCUUGGAGGAGGCGCCCCACCUCUGUACGGCACCGUGGACCGUGCCACACUUUACCAGCUGCACAACUACUUCCCAAAAGAUUCCGGUGGCAGCGGAGGAGCAGGCGCAGUGAUAAGCAGCGGUACGCUCCCAUCUCACUCCAAGUCCAAUUUGGCAGCGGCAGCAGCCCAGAAUACGGCACCACUGAACACCUCCACAUCUUCUGCUGCACCAGCCCAGUCAGCCCCGAUCUCUACAACUACCAUGGAGAGGGACAGGGGUAACGUUGGAACCCUCGACCGACUGACGGCCAAAAGGGACAGGGACAGCAACUCAGACACACUCAACAGGAAAACUACGCCAGUUUAAAACUGAACUGAACAGAGAAGGUUGAAAUUAAAGAGAAAAUAUCUGGAGAUCACAGGUAGGGUUUCAAAUGUGUGGGUGGCAUCUCAACAGUAAAGAUUCUGUCAGUGAGCCUGGAUUAUUCAGCUCUCCUAUGUACAACCAAUAUCAUAAAGAGUUAUAAACCCUUAAUGCUUUAAUCACACAGUAACUGCCUUAAUAAUACUUACAAUACAUUGUUCAGCGAUGCAGUAAAAGUUCAAGUUUGGUCGACUUGCGAUUGAUCUGCUAAUCUCUGACUCUGAAACCUUUUUCUAAAUAAAAUCUGGAUUAAAUCUGUUUUUAACACACAAAGUCUUACAGAUCUAAACAUGCUGUGCUGCAAAUCAUCAAAUCCAUCUCCAAGUAAUUUCUGACACUUCAAUGCUUCCCAAAAUUACAAAUAAAGAACUAAU